AUGGCCACCACUGCCGCCGCCGACAUCCCGACUGUCGAGCUCCUCUACAAGCUCGGCAAGCUUACGCCUUCGUCGCAGCCCCUCUACACCCCGAACGCGUCGCACAACCAAAAGGUAGCCGUCACCCGCGGCGACAUCACGCGGCUCGCCGUUGACGCCAUCGUCAACGCCGCAAACGGCUCCCUCCUCGGCGGUGGCGGCGUCGACGGCGCCAUCCAUCGCGCCGCCGGCCGCGGCCUCCUCCAGGAGUGCAAGACCCUGAACGGGUGCGCCACCGGCUCCGCCAAGAUCACGGGCGCCUACAACCUGCCCUGCAAGAAGGUCAUCCACACCGUCGGCCCCGUCUACGACGAGCUCAACCCGGCGCCCGCCCAGCACCACCUCGAAAACUGCUACCGGACGAGCCUGGCCCUCGCCGUCCAGCACGGCUGCCGCACCGUCGCUUUCAGCGCCAUUAGCACCGGCAUUUACGGAUACCCCAGUUACGAGGCUGCGCCCAUUGCCGCCGAAGUUGUUAGAGACUUUCUUGACGGGGAAGACGGCGACAAGCUCGACAAGGUCAUCUUCUGCACCUUUGAGAUGAAGGACGUCAAUGCCUACAACGAGGCUCUCCCAGUCUUCUUCCCUCCCCCCGACCAGACCGCUGCUCCCAAGCAGACCGACGACGGCCCGACCCAGGAGCAAGCCGACGAGGCCGAUGCCAUUGCCGCGGAGCUGCCCAGUGUUCCCAAGACCGAUCCCGCCCAGUAG